AUGUCCUAUCACGACCGACCAGUCCGUCCUGGGCAGCCGGGCAACUACUCGCCCUCCUCGUCUGGCGCUGCCACUCCCACCACCUCCGCCGCCUCCUCGACCUUCCUCUCACACUCCUUCUCCGGCCUUGCCAGCGGCUUCGGCGGCCUCGUCCGCCGCAUCUCGGACAUGACCGCCGUCCAGGGCCAUCACGAUGACAUGUCCAAGUCCCCAGCCUCGCUCGGCAGCCCGCUGUCUUAUCCGAACCAGUGGAACAAUGGCAUAAACGGCGUCUACACGCCACCCAUAAACAGAUCUGCCUCCCCGCUGAGGCCACCGCCACUCGAGCCCCUGGAGCUCAAGGGGUUCAGGGACGACACCACGGAGGCGGCAAGGCUGCUCACGCCGGCCGUCGCGGAGGAGAUCCGCAUCAUGGUCCCGGAGCGGCAGCGCAUCGAGGAGGAGUGGAAUCUCAUCUACAGCCUGGACCAGGACGGCGCGAGCCUGGGAACCCUGUAUGAGAAGUGCAGCCCCUUCCAGGGCACGCGGAACAGCUUCGUCCUCGUCAUCAGGGACAGCUACGGCGGCCUUUUUGGCGCCUACCUCUCCGAAUCACCGCACCCGUCGCCGCACUACUUCGGCAACGGGGAGACAUUCCUCUGGCGGGCAUCCGUCCUCGCAGCCCUCCCACCGCCGCCCUCAGAGGACACAACAAACCUCACCCGCGUCACAACCAUAUCCAGCCCCACGCAUACCCGCUUCCCCAGGGCCCAGCUGCCGCCGCCGCCGCCGCCACCGCCAAAACCGGAACCAGAAGAAGACCUGCUCAUAGACUUCUCCGACGACCUGCCGUCCAAGCCAGCCCCGCCCGCAGACCCCAUGGCAUCGCUGCUCGGCUUGGCCCAAGCCCCGCCGGCGGCCCAGGCGCCCUCGCCGGCCAGGACCCCGAGCCCCAACAUCCCGAUGACCCCGGUCAUCCGCUUCAAGGCGUUUCCAUACAGCGGCGAGAACGACUUUUACAUGUACUGCGAGCCCCACUGCCUGUCCGUGGGGGGUGGCGACGGCCACUACGGCCUGUGGCUCAACGACUCGCUGGCGAGGGGCAUCAGCUCGCGCUGCCUGACCUUCGGGAACGAGCCGCUGAGUGACGAGGGCGAGAAGUUUGGGGUGUUGGGCGUCGAGAUGUGGGUGAUUGGCCGCGGGGGGCGGCAGUGA